UGGAAAUUCAAUGUAAUAAUUUGGACCGUUCUUUUUAAAUAUACAUUAAUAUUACAACUUUUGAGGUAUCAAUUUUAAACGAGACAAACAAAUUUAUAACUUACUAACCUGGCUACUCGUAACACGUGUCAUCAGCACCACAAUUGCAACAAUCAGCAGCAGCCCGGAAUCUUCAGCGGCGUCACAUUGCAGCAACCUGCACCACCAUCGCCACCAAUUCGCACAUCACAGCCACCCUCACCGCUGCAGCAACCACGCCACCGCAGCCCAGCUCUGCUUCUCUACCUCACAACCUGCACACACCAAGCCGCAACCCACUCAAUCACCUCACACUACCACCAACUACCACCCGCCAUCUCCAAUUCACAAGCCCGCAAUUGCAGCGGCAACCACCAAUCACAAUCGCACCAAAAACCGCUCAGCCACUACAAUUCAAACCAAUUUCAGCCAAUUUCGGCUCAAUUUGAAGAACCCAUGGCAGCUAUUCGGCCCCUCAAUUAAGCCCCAAUUGAUUUGGUGCUGCUCGGUGUGGUGAUUACCGGUGUCUGGGAAAGGAAAGGGGAGGGUUUCUUGGCACCGAACUAGCCGUUUUUAUCACUCUUACGUUUUGCGUCUUCUGUGGUGAUUGGUGAACUACUGAGCUUGAAGAAUAAAUUCUUGUAUCUUCUCCUCUCAACUGGAUUUAUAACUUAUGUUGCACAUUCAAUCAAAUAAUUUCCUAAGGCAUCAAUGGUUUUGCAUUUCAUGCUUCUGCCGGAGGCGAUGGCGGUUAAAUGGUGUUACGGCCCGUGGGGUUUCAUGUUUACCUCCUUGCUUGAACAAACAUGAUCCUCUUGCUUCAAGUCUCAUAUCUAGGACGAUAUCAACGGAUCCGGAUGUUGUAGAAAACAUAACAAUGAAUGAAGUAAUUGAGGAGAAUUUUUCCCAUUCACGUUCUUAUGAGGCUGCCAUGGAAGCACUUUCUUCCCUCAUUACAGGUCGGAAACGUGGGGAAAGGCCUACUAUCAGGGGAAAAUACAGUAAGCUGGAACGGAUGACUAUGUAUUUGCAGAUAUUAGGAUUGGAGGAUAAUAUAGCUGAACUUAACAUCAUCCAUGUUGCUGGAACAAAGGGGAAGGGGUCGACAUGUGCUUUCUCUGAAGCAAUUUUACGCGAAUGUGGUUUCCGGACUGGCCUUUUUACAUCACCUCAUUUAAUUGACGUGAGAGAGAGGUUUCGACUUGAUGGGGUUGACAUUGCUGAAGAGAAGUUUCUGCAAUACUUUUGGGACUGUUGGGAUCAAUUAAGGAUUAAUGUAACCGAUGAUUUGCCUAUGCCUCCCCUAUUUCAGUUUCUCACUUUUCUGGCAUUCAAGAUAUUCAUUGGUGAAAAAGUUGAUGUUGGAAUUAUUGAAGUUGGUUUUGGAGGGGAAAAGGAUUCCACAAAUGUGAUUAAAGAACCUGUUGUUUGUGGAAUCUCUUCAUUGGGGAUGGACCACAUGGAAACCUUAGGUGAUACUUUGGGAAAGAUUGCGUUCCACAAGGCUGGUAUCUUAAAGCCCAGUGUUCCAGCAUUUACGGUACCCCAGCUUCCUGAAGCGAUGGAUGUUAUCACCGAAAGAGCUCACCAAUUGAGGAUUCCCUUGGAAGUUGUGCAACCUUUUAGCUGUGGACAGUUAAAUGGAUUACAACUCAGUUUGGCUGGUGAUCAUCAAUAUAUCAAUGCAAGCCUUGCUGUUUCCCUCUGUAAAUCUUGGCUUCAACAAACAGGGAACUUAAAAAAGGUGUUUACCAAUGAUGGUUGUGAAGCUGAUCUGCCAGAUGCUUUCUUGAGAGGUCUUUCAUCAGCACGUCUUCCUGGGAGGGCUCAGAUAGUCUAUGAUGACAUAUCUAGGUCCUCUAAUACACCUACAGGAGACCUAGUGUAUUAUUUGGAUGGGGCACACAGUCCUGAAAGCAUGGAUGCCUGUGCUAAAUGGUUCUCAAAGGUUGUGAUUGGCGAUCAUAAGUCAACAUCAUUAUCCUCCUUAAAGUCAUCUUCCGAGGAUCAUUUUGGAGAGGCAUUUAGCAAAUAUGGUUUCACCAAUUGUGAAAAGGGAAAUAGUGACAAAAAUUCCAAGCAGAUUCUUUUGUUCAAUUGUAUGGAGGUGAGAAAUCCACAAAUCCUGCUCCCAAACCUUGUUAGGACCUGUGCUUCCUCAGGUGUUCAUUUCUCUGGAGCCUUAUUUGUUCCUACCAUAUCCACAUACAACAAAGUUGUUUCUGGUUCUUCAAUCACUUCUUCAAACACACCUAGAAACUUGUCUUGGCAAUUGAAUCUGCAGAGAAUAUGGGAGAAGACAAUUAAUGGGAAAGAUUUUGAUCCAGAUAGAAAUAAUUUCACAGAGUGCUUAAAAAAUGAGAGUAGUGAUGCCUUGUCACCACCUGUAUUUCUUCAUGGUGAUUAUCAUCAAGUCUUUCCUGGUGAUUCUCCUCGUGCCAGUGCAGUUGUUCCUUCAUUGUCAUCAGCAAUUAAAUUGUUGAGGGAUUGUGCAAGGGAAAACCCUUCUGUCAGAUUGCAGGUCCUUGUGACGGGAUCAUUGCAUCUAGUAGGAGAUGUUUUGAGGCUGCUAAAGAGAUAACUUUUACGAGCUCUGGUUUUAGCUUUUCAUAAUUACUCCGCGGAUCUGCCACCCAGAAGUCAUAAUACCUCAGUUAUUCAAGGUUCUACCAAAAAUAGCUCGUGUCAAGUUAACUUAAAAUCACAGUGCCAUAACUAGGUACUAUGUUUUUCCUUACUUCAUUCAUCCUCCUUAUGUAUAAGGAUCUUGGGUGUGCAUAUUUUCGUGACAUUCUUUUGCUCAUACAUAUAUACAAGCUUUGGAACUGUCAUAUUCUAACUUGCUUUGUAAAAUUAUCAGCUUAUUCCAGAUUAAGACAUCAUUAAUUUCAGGAAUUGACUAUCAUUUCAUCUAAAUAAGAUUAAAGCAAUGGAUUUGUGUAUGCUUGUUAACUUGUUAAGUGGUUCUGCCACUAUAAUUUAAAAUUGUGCAUCACUUCUUUUUA